AUGAAAGGUGACCAAUCGCAGGGCUGCCUUUUCGCGCCCCGAGGACGAUAUAAAGGGCGAUUCCGUCAGUUUCGGACCACUGGUGGGCGGGCAAAGGCUAAGUCCCGCUCCUCCCGCGCGGGCCUGCAGUUCCCAGUGGGCCGAGUGCAUCGGCUGCUGCGGAAAGGCAACUACGCCGAGCGCGUGGGCGCCGGCGCCCCGGUGUACCUGGCGGCCGUGUUGGAGUACCUGACGGCCGAGAUCCUGGAGCUGGCGGGCAACGCGGCGCGCGACAACAAGAAGACGCGCAUCAUCCCGCGCCACCUGCAGCUGGCCAUCCGCAACGACGAGGAGCUCAACAAGCUGCUGGGCAAGGUGACGAUCGCGCAGGGCGGCGUGCUGCCCAACAUCCAGGCCGUGCUGCUGCCCAAGAAGACCGAGAGCCACCACAAGGCCAAGGGCAAAUAAGGGCCCGGAACACCGCUUCGAAACCAAAGGCUCUUUUCAGAGCCGCCUACUGUCUCUGCUA